AUGCGAUUAAUUUCUCCAAAGAAUCGAUUUAUUCCGAACUACAAGUGUGAUACUGAGGACAAUCUUAUUGCGGUCGUUGAAGGACUUGACUUGGAAUCUUCCCAACAAAUAAAAUAUAUUCUGGACAUCUAUAAGAUUCCUCAGGUCGGAAGCAUAGGUCCAAAGGCUCCUGUAGGCCAAGGAUUAAUUAUUAAUGCAUCUGGUAUCCUGUGGGACAACGGGAUUGAACUGGUACAGCUCCUUUCUGUGUGUAAUGACAAAUGUCACUCUGGUUACCACAAAGAAAAGAAAGAAGGGGUGGUCUUCUGCUGCUAUAAUUGCAUUCCAUGUCCAAAAGGAAAGAUUUCUGAUCAGAUUGAUAUGAACGACUGCUUUCAAUGCCACGAGGAUCACUAUCCAAACAAAUACAGGAAUGCUUGCAUUCCCAAAGUAGUGACCUUCUUAUCCUUUGAGGAACCAUUGGGGAUUGGUUUAACCUCUUUGACUCUUUCCUUUCUGUUGAUGACAAUUCUGGUGUUUGGGAUAUUUAUGAAACACCGUAGCACUCCCAUUGUCAAAGCCAGCAACGAGAAGCUCACCUACAACCUUCUCUUCUGCCUUUUUCUGUGUUUCCUUUCUGCAUUGCUAUUCAUUGGCCAGCCUAAGAAGAUGACCUGCCUCCUCCGACAAGCUGCUUUUGGCAUUGUCUUCUCAGUUGCGAUUUCUUGUGUAUUGGCAAAAAAUCUCACAGUGCUCUUAGCAUUUAUGGCAACCAAACCAGGAUCCAGAUUAACAAAGUGGAUACGUAAAAAACUGGCCAAUGCCAUUAUUCUGUCCUGUUCCUUAAUUCAAACAGGCGUGUGUGCUGUGUGGCUGGCAACUGAUCCCCCAUUCCCUGAUCUGGACAUGCACUCAGUAGAUGAAAAAAUUGUAUUGGAAUGCAAUGAAGGCUCUGUUACCAUGUUUUACUGUGUUUUGAGUUACAUGGUCUUCCUGGCCAUUGCCAGUUUUACUAUAGCCUUUCUAGUCAGGAAGUUACCCAACAAUUUCAAUGAAGCUAAAUUCAUCACUUUCAGUAUGCUCCUCUUUUGCUGUGUGUGGUUAUCCUUUACUCCAGUCUAUCUCAGCACGAAGGGGAAAUAUGUGGUAGCUGUGGAGAUCUUUUCUAUCUUAACUUCCAGUGGUGGUUUGCUGAGUUUCAUCUUCUUCCCCAAAUGCUACAUUAUUGUCCUGAGGCCUGAGCUGAAUAAGAAAGAACAGCUCGUCAAAAGAAAAGUACACCUCCCUUAG